AUGCCCUGCGAGUCGUUGGAUAUCGUAACCGAUACCUGCGAGAGAUGCAGCAAGAGCGACCCAAAGGUGAACUACACCCUCUGCGUCUCGUCUCUUUCAGAGAGCAGCAGCCAGGAAGACCUCCACGGGCUCGCCAUGGUUUCAGCCAGGCUGGUGAGGUCGGGUGCGGUGACCAUGGAGACCAGGAUGGCCGAGCUGAGCAGGAAGGAGAGGCCAUGGUCCCCAAGGAGGUCCUGCCUGGAGGCAUGCACUGGAGUGUACCAUAACUCGCUCUACGACCUCGACACCUCCAUCGCAGCCAUAGACGAGAGAAGGUACGGCGAUGCCAAGACAUCCAUGAGCGCCGCCACCGAUGCGCCUGUCACCUGUGAGGAUGAAUUCAAGGAGCAGGGCUUAGAGCCACCCUUCAAGGCAGAGAGCAAACUCCUGUUCCAGCAGGCGGUCAUCUCCCUAGCCAUCAUCUCCCUACUAUGAUGUGUUUCAGAUCCAGUAUCAGCAUACUUG